CCAAAGGGCACCCUGACUAGAGAACCCGAGUGUACAGUCCUCCUGAGUGGAUUCGCUAUCAUCGCUACCAUGGCAGGUCGGCAGCCGUCUGGUCCCUGGGGAUUCUGCUCUACGACAUGGUCUGCGGAGAUAUUCCCUUUGAGCAUGACGAGGAGAUCAUCAAGGGUCAAGUGUUCUUCAGGCAAAGGGUCUCUUCAGAAUGUCAGCAUCUCAUUAGAUGGUGUCUGGCCCUGAGACCUUCAGAUCGACCAUCCUUCGAAGAAAUUCAGAACCAUCCGUGGAUGCAGGAUGUCCUCCUACCCCAGGCAACCGCCGAGAUUCACCUGCGUAGCCUAUCGCCAGCGCCCAGCAAAUAGCAGCCUUUCUGUCAGACACUCCCGGGCGGGACAGCUGUCUCUGGCUUCCAGGACCCUGCUUCCUGCAGGGACAGCAAUGACAGCUCAUUCCAGACUCCAGGUUCCUGGAGCAGCCUCCCACAGGGGAAAGAGAUGCUACUUCAUUUCCCAGGCCCCCAUGCCCCCCAUAGACGCUCUCACAGUGUCGAGUUUUGCUGGGCUCUGCAGAAUCCUAGGGUGGGGGGUGGGAGUGGGUCAGAACCCUGCCAUAGACCUUUAGUGACCUGGAGACUUCGGGUCACCAGGAUGGGCUAGGGUAGGGGAAUAACAUGUUGGGGGUGGGAUUUAAAAAAAAAAAAACAACAAAAACUAGCACCAUAUAUUUAAGUCCCUGUCACCUCUUCCAACUCCUCUGAGUGCCUUCUGUGGGGACUCCGGCUGUGCUGGGAGAAAUACUUGAACUUGCCUCUUACCUGCUGCUUCUCCAAGAAUCUGCCUGGGUUUGGUUCCCUACUCUUUCCCCUGUUCCCCUCGCCCACUUCCUGUGAAAGGUGCCGUGGAAGAGGCUGCAGGGCCGACUGCUGAGCCACCUGCCCUUUUUCUGCCUCCUUCAGUAAAACUCCCAAGGGAACUGGUCUUCCUUUUUGGUUUCUACUUAACUGUUUCAAAGCCAAGACCUCACACAGAAUGCACAACCAAUGCAACAACCAGACAAGCUGUAAAUGUCUGUACAGUCGGCAUGGUAGCCUGCGAAAGGAUUGUAGUUGAUGCAAUUUAAAGAAAAAAAUGCCUUUAAGUUAUAUUUUAUGUGUUGGGGUUUUUUGUUUUGUUUUGUUUCUGAAAGAUGGCAGUUCUGGCCUGGAAGUCAAUGUUAAUGUAUUUAUUUAUUUAUUUAUUUGGUUCCCUUCCUGUUCCAAGCUUCCACUGGCUGUUGCCUAGGGUUUUAUUGUCAUGUUCUGUUUUUCUUUUCUUUCUUGUUUUUUUUUUUCUUUCCUCUUGACUUGGGGGACCUUUUGGGGAGGGCUGCAAUGCUUGCUGGGGUGAAGGGACUCCGGUGGGACCGCUGCUGUUGUCCCUUCUGUGGGGGGCCCCUUGCCUGCUUACUGGAGUGGGUCUGGGCUCUGUCUGGGAAGGGGCAUUGCUGACUGUACAUAGAAAGGCAGUUCCGGCCGGCAUGAUGUGCCUCCCGGAUCCUGUUUGAGCAGCGUGUAGCCUGCUGGUUUUAUCUGAGUGAAAUACUGUACAGGGGAAAAGAGAUCUUAUUUUUUUUUUUAUACUUGGCAUUUUUUGAAUAAAAACCUUUUGUCUUAA